AUGGGUUUCACCGAUUUCGUUUCUGACGCUGGCCUCACUCUUGCUAACAACUGGUUCACCACCAGGAGCUACGUUGUUGGCGAUGCUCCUUCUCAGGCCGAUGUCGUGACCUUCAAGGCCUUCUCUGCUGCUCCUGACGCCGAGAAGUACCCUCACGUUGCCCGCUGGUACAAGCACAUUGCUUCUUAUGAGGCUGAGUUCGCCUCUCUCCCUGGCGAUGCCUCCAAGUCCCACACCACCUACGGCCCUGAGUCCACCGAGCUCCCCACCAACCCUAAGGACAAGCCCGCCGAUGAUGACGAUGACAUGGACCUCUUCGGCAGUGACGACGAGGAGGAGGACCCUGAGCUCGUCAAGAAGCGCGAAGAAAACCUUGCUGCGUACCACGCCAAGAAGGCGGCUAAGGGCCCUAAGCCCGCUGCGAAGUCCAUUGUCACCCUUGAGGUCAAGCCUUGGGAUGACGAGACCAACCUUGAGGAGAUGGAGGCCAACGUCCGUGCUAUCGAGAAGGAUGGCCUUGUCUGGUCCGCCUCUAAGUGGGUUCCUAUUGGCUACGGUAUCAAGAAGCUUCAGAUCAACCUGGUUGUUGAGGACGAGAAGGUCUCCCUUGACGAGCUCCAGCAGGAGAUCGAGGAGGACGAGGAUCACGUCCAGUCCACCGAUAUCGCUGCUAUGCAGAAGCUGUAA